AUGCCGGACCAUUCGGCUGUUUAUAUUGGCACCGCAUUUAUUGCGGGUGCUGGUCUAGCCUUGAUAUGCAAAGAGGCACUCAGUACGCCGCGCCGCGAAAACCCAACACCGUCCAACCCCGAGCCUGAGGGUCUUGUCGCGCGACCAGGACCUCCGGCUAUUGUCGAGGGUAUUGAAGGAUGCAUUGGGAACACGCCACUCUUCCGGAUCAAAUCCCUCUCUGAUGAGACAGGGUGUGAGAUUCUAGGUAAAGCCGAGUUUCUGAACGGAGCCGGCCAGAGCUCAAAAGAUCGCGUGGCUCUAAGCAUGAUUGAAAUCGUAUGUCAUUCCAUCCAAUUUUUCUUCAAGAUCUUGCUUGCACAUAUGACUCUCUAUUGGCACCGCUGGAGGAGUUACACAAUCUACGAAGGCACAUCCGGAUCAACGGGAAUCUCACUAGCAACCCUAGCCCGAGCAAAAGGCUACCUAGCCCACAUCUGCAUGCCCUCAGACCAAGCAAUCGAGAAAUCUAAUCUUCUCCUCAAACUCGGGGCAAUAGUCGACCGGGUCCCGCCCGCUCCCAUCGUGGAAAAAGACAACUUCGUCAACCGCGCGCGUGCCCUCGCCCAGACACACACUGGCACAGCAUCAUCGCAAGGCCGCGGUUUCUUCGCAGACCAAUUCGAAAACGAAGCAAACUGGCGCGCCCAUCAUGGCGGUAGUGGUCCUGAAAUUUUCGCCCAAUGCGAAGGUAAGAUCGAUGCCUUUGUCGCGGGUGCAGGUACUGGCGGAACUAUCUCUGGCGUUGCGCGAUAUUUGAAACCGUUACUUCCUAAUAUUACGAUUGUGCUGGCUGAUCCUCAGGGAAGCGGAUUGUAUAAUCGUGUGCGGUUUGGCGUCAUGUUUGAUCUCAAGGAAAGGGAGGGUACGAGGCGACGACCGCAGGUUGAUACUAUUGUUGAGGGGAUUGGCAUCAAUCGCGUUACGGCUAAUUUUGAGGCUGGGAAGGAACUUGUUGAUGAUGCGGUUAGGGUUACGGAUGCGCAGGCUUUGGCUAUGGCGAGGUGGUUGGUUGAGAAGGAUGGGAUCUUCAUUGGGAGUAGUAGUGCUGUGAAUUGUAUUGCGGCAGUCAAAACGGCGCAAAAGUUAGGCCCGGGUCAUCGAAUUGUUACGGUCUUGUCUGAUUCCGGUUCAAGGCAUCUGUCCCGGUUCUGGGCGAAGGCUGGUGAUGUUGGCGGUGCCGUUGAUACAAAGCUUGAAAGCGUUCUUAAUGCUCGAGAUGAAGAUUUUGAGUAG